CGUCUCUGGAUUCCCACAGUAAGCUUUCUUAUCUCUUUAAUGGCGUCGUCUCUGAUCACGACUUCCUUAUCUCUUCUUUCUCCUUCCCUCCGAUUCGCUACUAGCAAACCCUAUUAUUAUGCAUCUCCGAUCCCCUCUAUUUUAACUAAAUCUCCGAAACAGGUUUUUGUGAAUCGACGCCGUUUGAUAUCAUCGUCAAUGGCUUCGGACUCGAAAGAAUCGUCUACAAUGGAGUCGAAAGAAUCUCCGUCAAAAAAUCCAGGGCUACGAAGUACACCACCCAGUGAAGAAACUAAGGGCUACUUCAUGCAACAAACGAUGUAUCGAAUUAAAGAUCCAGAAGCCAGUCUUAAGUUCUACUCAGAUAUCCUGGGAAUGUCAUUGCUUAAGAGGCUGGAUUUUCCAGAGAUGAAAUUUAGCUUGUACUUUCUGGGGUAUGAGGAUACCUCAUCUGCUCCAAAAGAUCCAACUGAGCGCACUGCAUGGACAUUCGGUCAAAAGGCCACAAUUGAGCUUACACACAACUGGGGCAGCGAGAAAGACCCUAAAAUAAUGUACCAUAAUGGGAACUCAGAACCUCGAGGAUUUGGACAUAUUGGUAUAACAGUUGAUGAUGUUUACAAGGCCUGUGAGAGAUUUGAAAAUUUAGGAGUUCGGUUUGUCAAAAAGCCUAACGAUGGUAAAAUGAAGGGGAUUGCGUUCAUCAAAGAUCCAGAUGAGUACUGGAUCGAGAUAUUUGACACAAAAACCAUUGCAAGUGUAGCCAAGGCUGCUGCUUAAGAGGUAAUUCCUUAACCUCUGUGAAAAGGUUGGUUGAUGAAGAAUGGUGUUUGUGAGAUUGUAAUUAUGGUUUCAACUCUUCUGGCCCUCCAAAACUAGAAUAAUGACGAAUUAAACCCUCCAAAAUCUGAAAUGCUACAUUGUUGAGUUUUCAACUUCAAAUAAAGAAGUAUAUUGGGUUUGUUAUUUA